AUGGAUUCCCAGCAAUCAAGGAAGCGAAAAUCAGCCGCGGUGGAAGCAGAACACGACACAUCUGCAGCCGCGACCCCUACAGGCAGUCCAGCAAGGAAACGCAUGAAAAUCUCUCAAUCGCAAAAGCAAGCACUGAUUGAUAACUUACAGCUCGAAAUCACCGAGCGUGCUCGUCAUCUACGAGCUCAUUAUGCCCUUCAAGCCAGCGAUCUAAGGUCUCGAAUCGAGCGUCGCAUCAACCGUAUACCACUCAGUCUCAGAAAAGCCAAUAUGGGAGAACUACUGGCAAAGUACGCAGAUACAACAAUUGCAAAGCAAAUGCCGCAAGCCGGUGACUCUACCAAAGCACUUCCCGCUGUGCCUGCGGCAGAGAACCACCGCCCUCUCCCUGCCAUCCCUCGAGAUCUGGCCUCAUCAGCAGCCAAACCGGCCAACUCGAAUGGCCCAACACCAGUGAAGGCCCCAAGAAAACGUAGCUCUGAAAUUGCUAUCCUAUCCGACAAGGAGAAUGAACCAACAGUCGAGGCGGAUGAGCUCUCCAACCCCAAGAACCCCAAGCGUACGAAAACAGCGGCCGGCACCAAGCCUCGUGCAGCGUCACGAACCAAGAAAACCAAUGCCGGCAACGUCCUCUCGCCCAAGUCCCACAACUCGCGCACACUCCCACGAUCGCCCAUCAAGGACAUGCAACCUCCUCCCCAGUCGCCCUCAAAACCAUCCUACCUCGCGCGUCCCACAUCUCCCCUCAAACCGGCCUCACCGCUCAAAACCGCCGCCAGCGCAGCCACCAGCGCCAUCUCCGCCUCGCUCCACGGAAUGGUCGAACACGCCAGACGCGGCGCCGGCAACGCAGCAGCCGGCCUCCGACGAACUGCCUCCAAAGAAAAAGCCGCCACUGCUGCCGUUGCCGCUUCCGCGCAUGACAAGGGCAAGAUGGCACCUCCACCGCGCCGAGCGGCCGCGGCAGCACAACAACAACAGCAGCAGCAGCAGCCAGAGCGGCCACUCAGUCAAGUCAGCAACCAUUCAGCCGCCUCGAAUUGGACUGCGACGUCUAGCGCCACGACGGUGAUUACGAAAAAGACUGUUGGCAAGGGGAAGACGACGCUGAGUGCGACAAGCACGAGGAAGGCCACCGGUCCAAUGAACACCAAGUCUGCUGCUGCGAAGGGGGCUGCCGCGAAGGCUGCAGGUGCGCCAGCGAAGAAGGUGGUUGUCGCUGAGCCAGCAGCUGGGAGAAGGGUGUUGAGGAAGAGGAAUUGA